CCCCGUAGUCCCAAUAUGGCGGCGCCCUGUGGCUCCUCACAGCUCUCCGCCGCCGAGUCGCCGCUCAAGAUCCCCAAGAUGGAGGUGCUGUCUCCCGGCUCGCCCGGAGCGCUGAGCGACGGCAACCCCAGCCUCUCCGACCCUUCCACGCCCAGCGGCGCCUCCCCGUUAGGCCCCGCCGGAGCGGGGUCGGUGACGGCGGCGGCUACCUCCGCCGGGGCUGGGGGAGGCGGCGUCGGGGCCUCUCCUUCCGUCUCUUUCUCCCCGGGCAGCAGCGCGGCGGCGGCGGCGGCGGCUUGUCGAGGCAUGUCGUGGACGCCGGCCGAGACCAACGCGUUGAUCGCCGUGUGGGGCAACGAGCGGCUGGUGGAGGCGCGGUACCAGCAGCUGGAGGGCGCCGGCACCGUCUUCGGCAGCAAGGCCCCCGGGCCCGCCAUGUACGAGCGCGUCUCCCGAGCCCUGGCCGAGCUGGGCUACGAGCGGACCCCCUCGCAGUGCCGAGAGCGCAUCAAGACCCUUCGCAGGUGUUACAGCCGAGUGAAGGAACAUGGUGUGGGCAAAAGAAAAAGCAGUUACACAUUUGAACAGUUGGAGCAGGUCUUUGGUCAAGGAGGAUGGGAUUCUCAACUCUGCCAACCGGUGCUCAUCAAUAGCAGUGGCUUGUAUCAAGAGCUGGAGUCUGAUGGUAGCACAAUGGAGGAAUAUUCGCAGGACGAAUGGGGGAACCAUAGUCAGGAUCUAUACUGUUACCAACCAGGCGAGCAAGAGUUAGAUGAAAUGCCGGCAGUGAAGAAAACAUUGAAGAUAAAACAAGAAUCUUCAGAAGAUUCUCAGAAGCGCGACCUAAUGCAGAAUAUUGUACAGAUCUUGGAAUCCGUCCAGUUAAAAUGGGAACUCUUUCAGAGUUGGGCGGACUUUUCUAGGCUACACCUUUCGAACAAACUGGCUAUAUUCGGCAUUGGCUAUAAUACACGGUGGAAGGAGGAUAUCCGUUACCAUUACGCUGAGAUCAGUUCCCAAGUUCCCCUUGGCAAGCGACUCCGGGAAUAUUUCAACUCUGAGAAGCCCGAGGGCAGGAUCAUCAUGACCAGAGUGCAGAAAAUGAACUGGAAGAACGUUUAUUACAAAUUCUUGGAGAUUACCAUCAGUGAAGCCAGAUGCCUAGAGUUGCACAUGGAAAUUGACUGGAUACCUAUUGCUCACUCCAAGCCAACGGGUGGAAAUAUUGUCCAGUAUUUGUUACCUGGAGGCAUUCCAAAGAGCCCUGGUCUGUAUGCCAUCGGCUAUGAAGACUGUCACGAGAAGCCACCAUCUCCUGAUCACGAGAGCAUCAGCCAAGAACCUGAAAACGAGACUCCGGGAGAAACCGAAAUGCCGUUGUCACAGGCUUCCCUCAAAGUGGAGAUGGAGCCCACCAGAAUCAUCUAUUGUUACCUUGGCAUUGCCGAGGUCAGAACUCUCCAACAGUGCUUGUUUUUACACUUCCAGGCCAACACCAAAACCUUCAGCAAAGAGUGGGUUGGCAUCAAUGGAUUUUUAUCACAAAACUGUAUUGUGGACCCAGGGAUUUCUCCUAAGUCUAUUUACAUUAAAUUUGUAGAAGUGGAGAGGGACUUCCUUUCUGCUGGCUCUUUGGUCGAGUGCCUGGAAAAAGCCAUUGGAUAUCCUUUGAAAUUUAACAACUGACUUUCAUCCUUCAUAAGGAUCAGGACAUUGUAAGUAUCACCUGUGGCAUUUGGGACAUCUGCUUAGUACAAGACUGGGCAAAAAUCAACUGCUCUAACCGAACUGAAAUGAGGAGAACACUUAUAGGGGAUUUUACAAAAGUGUUUCUCACGCCAGUAAAAUAUGCUGUUUACUUCCUUGGGCCAGCCAAAUGGUUUUAUAAAGAAAAGGACUUUCAAAGGGAGCAUUGUAAAUACGAUGACUAUUGAUACACUCCACGUUGGAUGAACGUACAUGUUAAAUUUCAUACGAAAAAGCUGUUUUCCACAAUGUCUCAUUUUUACACAUGUGUCUCAAGUGUGAUUAUGGUUAUGUAAUAAAUAAGCAAUAGAUUAACUGAGUUUAAAACCCGGUCACACAAGACUGUUUUUCAGUGCCACCGUUAGCACCUCUUGUAUAUAAUUUAGCAUUUCAGUUUCUUCACCCAUCAAGUGUUCUUACAACUUUCAACCAGUGUUGCCUGCAAAAACUUCUCUUUCUGUGAUGUACCCCACUUUACUAGUAGUGUUGCCAUAUCACCUUUUUUUUUUAAAUUUUGGUUUAUGUUUUGUUUACAUUAAAAUCAUCCAUGGGCCUUUUAAGAAAUAUUUAGUUAACCUCUGUGUGGCAGUGAAAGUAACUCAGCCGCUGAGAAGCAUUUUAUCAAAUCAUGCUUUUAUCAAACACAAUCAAAGCUGUGAGAAGGGGUGGGCUCGGGGUGGGAACUGGGGAGUUAUGGACCAAGGGAGUAAACAUUUUUAAUGCCUCGUUAUAAUGUUCCGAUAUAAAUCCCAUUGCGCUGCUGGCAAGUGCCAGGUUUUUUUUUAAUUUUGUUUUUUUACAAACCUCAUUGAUCAGUGGAAGUUGUG